GAUCGCUCUCGUAUACGUAUACGUAUUACUUGAGGCUGCUGAAAUCUUGUUCGUAAUGAUGGAUUCCUCAGCUUCUGUACUUUUCCCUGGAGAGGCCGAAGGCUAUAUACAAAGUUUGGAAACGUACUCGCUCAAAGAAAUAGGUAGUACACGGUGGUUUAUGCAGCAUGAAUACAUCGAGAAACUGAACAUGCAGGCGAUCCUGAACGCCACGGCCAUGCAGGACGAGUUUGUGAAAGAGCAACUCGUAUCGUUUGGAAAGAUUCCCACGUUGAUCCACGGAAUGAUCUCGAUAGAGAUUUGGAAACAAAAAGUGUUUCCUAUAUUAUGUCAGCUGCACGACUUCAACCCAAAAAGCACUUUUCCUUUGUACAUGGUGAUUCACCAUGAAGCUUCUAUCAUCAACUUGCUGGAAACAAUCAUGUUUCACCAGGAACCCUGUGAAGCAGCAGAGGACUCAAUACUGGACCUGAUUGACUACUGCCACCGGAAACUGAUUCUCCUGGCUGGAAGGAACGCCAGUGACGGAGGCACAGUCCCAGAUAGAGUCACUUAUACAGGGGAUGCAUGCCACUCGUCUGUGCAGGAUCUGCAGAAUCAGAAUGUGGCAAUAGAGUUUGAGAUUUCCCUGAAGGCACUGUCUGUCCUUCGAUACAUUACUGAUCAUGUUGACAGUGUGAACCUUAGUGCUCUGCAUAGGCUUCUGAGCACGCACAACCUGCCCUGCGUCCUGGUCCGGCUUGUAGAGUGCUGCCCCUGGAGCCAUAUCAACAAAGCAGGCCAAAUGGAAAAGUAUAUUGAUGGGAGAUGGUGCCCGAUUCCCAGAGAGGACCAGCUAAAGAUGACCAAGCUGGAUGGUCAGGUGUGGAUUGCAUUGUGUAACCUGCUGCUGAGGCUGGAAUGCCAGAGGAAAUAUGAUUUCAACAGCUUCAACAAGAGCCAGCUGUUACGGCUGAGAGGUUUCCUGACGGAGGUCUUAAUCGACCAGUUGCCCAGUCUGAGUGAACUCCAGCGAUUCCUCAGUCACCUCGCAGUGGUAGACCCCGCUCCCCCCCAAAAGGGCCUUAUUCUGGAGCAGAUUCCAGAAAUGUGGAGCAACAUCAUGAAUAAGAAUGCAGGCAAGUGGAAAGCCAUUGCAAAGGUUCAGGUGAAACAAGCUUUUGCCCCCUCUGAGGAUGAUCUCAGACGGCAGGCGCACAGGCUUGCCCAGACAUACAAUCUGGACGUGAUUGAGAGACUCAUUCCCGAGAAACCCAAGUGUGGGUUCUGCGGUGUGGAGGCAGUGAAGCGCUGCUCGCGCUGUCAGAGUGAAUGGUACUGCCGCAGGGAAUGCCAGGUGAAACAUUGGCCGAAGCACAGGACGGCUUGUCAGCUGAUGGCUGAAGCUACUGAAAAACUACAGAAGACCUUAAAUAUAAAGACAUAAAUUGUGAAGAUUUAGACUGUUAAAAAAAGGUACAGUCAAGAAUCAUCAGAAAGUCAGAGCCCUUUCUAUCCAGAUAUCAUAAAACUAUGUACUGAUUAGAGGUCUUUGACCACAAAAUGAAGCCAUUAAUAGCGUUUUGGAUUGUUGAAUGAUUUAUUAAUAUCACAAGGGCUAGAAGCGUCUCUACAUGGGCCCUAACUCAGGCUAGUGACUCAGCUGUAAUAUGAAUAUGUUUCAGAGCAUGAUUUAACUUUUUUUGGUUAUCUUACAUUUCCAGGUAAUAAAGAUGUUGGUGUGCAUUCAAUAA